UAAAGUAAAGUAUAAAAGUAUAAGUAAAAUUAAUAAAAAUAAUAUAAAAACUAUAUAUACUAGAAAGAGUAUUAAUAAUAUAAAGUAUAUUAUAAUUUAA